AUGUCGAUCUCCAAACCCCAUAACAACAACCAUAUUAAUCUUCCCUUGGUUUUCUUUUUCACUUUUCUGUCAACCCUUUUCUUGAUUUUCUCCUCCGCCGCCGCUACCGGUGGUGGUGGGGGUGACGAUGGUGCUAACGAUGAAGCCAUUCUGCUUUUCACGUGGCUUCAUGGUGGUGGUGGUUUGCCACCUUCUUCUUUCUCAAGUUGGACACUUUCCGGUGUCACCAAGAAUCCAUGCAAAUGGGAUUACGUUAAAUGUGAUUCAGAGGGUUUUGUUUCUGAAAUCAAGAUUCAAUCGAUUCCAUUGCAGCUUCCAUUACCCACUAAUCUUUCUUCACUUUCUCAUCUCAAAAGCUUAAUAAUAUCCGAUGCUAAUAUCACCGGAACUAUCUCCGACGACCUUGGCGGCUGCCUUGAACUCGUCGCCAUUGAUUUAAGCUCAAACAGUCUCGUGGGUCCCAUCCCAUCUUCCAUUGGCAACCUUGUUAACCUCCAAGAUUUGAUUUUGAACUCCAACAAGCUCACCGGAGGAAUCCCACAUGAGCUCGGGAGCUGCCGGAGUCUCAAGAAUCUUUACCUAUUUGAUAACCGACUUUCCGGCAACAUUCCGGCUGAAUUAGGUCAGUUAGUAAACCUGGAAGUCAUACGUGCCGGCGGAAACAAUGAACUCGCCGGAAAAAUCCCAGAUGAGAUCGGAAACUGCAGUAACCUCACGUUCCUUGGCCUCGCAGAUACAAGAAUCUCAGGGUCUCUCCCUAGCUCUUUGGGUAAGCUCAGUAAACUUCAAACACUAUCCAUCUACACCGCCAGGCUCUCCGGCGAGUUGCCGCCGGAGAUUGGCGACUGUUCUGAGCUUGUAAACUUGUUCUUAUACGAAAACCAUCUUUCUGGUCCAAUCGUUCCCCAACUGGGAAAGCUUCAAAAACUCGAAAAACUGCUUCUAUGGCAGAAUAAUUUCGUCGGAUUCAUCCCGGAAGAGAUCGGAAACUGUACCAAAUUAAGAAUGUUUGAUGUUUCUUUAAACUCUUUUUCCGGCAUUCUUCCAUCUUCCGUCGGUAAUCUUGUUGCAUUAGAAGAAUUCAUGAUCAGUAACAACAAUAUCUCUGGUUCAAUCCCCAAUGUGCUUGCAAACGCCAUUAAUCUCCAACAAUUACAGCUCGACACCAAUCAAAUCUCAGGAUUGAUUCCUCCUGAGCUGGGAAAAUUGACGAAUCUUGAAGUGUUCUUCGCUUGGGAUAAUGAACUUGAAGGAAGCAUUCCUUCAAGCUUCGGAAACUGUUAUAAUCUUCAAGCAUUAGAUUUAUCACAUAAUUCACUCACCGGUAGUAUUCCUCCAGGGUUGUUUCAACUACAAAACCUCACUAAAUUGCUUCUGAUUUCUAAUGAUAUUUCGGGUUCCAUACCACCGGAGAUCGGGAAUUGUAGCUCUUUGGUGAGAUUGAGGUUGGGUGAUAAUCGAAUAACAGGCGAAAUCCCGAAAGAAAUCGCGGGUUUGAAGAGCAUAAACUUUCUUGAUUUAUCGGGAAAUCGGCUUUCCGGGGUGGUGCCUAACGAGAUCGCCAAUUGUACAGACUUGGAAAUGGUCGAUCUUAGCAAUAACACGCUAGAAGGCGCGUUACCGGAUUCUUUAUCGUCGUUAUCUCGUCUCCAAGUGUUGGAUGUUUCGAGUAAUAGCUUUUACGGUCUAAUUCCGGCUAGUUUAGGGACGCUCCUGGCGUUAAACAAGCUCAUUUUGGCCAAAAACACGUUUUCUGGAGCCAUUCCGGCAUCGCUUGGUCUCUGUUCGAGUCUCCAGUUUCUUGACCUGAGCAGCAACGGAUUAUCGGGCGAAAUCCCGCCUGAGUUAGGGACCAUCCAGGCCCUCGAGAUUGCGCUCAACUUGAGCCGCAAUCAGCUAACCGGUCCGAUCCCCGUUCAGAUAGCCGCCCUCGGCAAGCUUUCUACUCUCGACAUUUCGUACAACAAUCUAAAUGGAAACUUGAGCCCACUUUCGCGCCUUGACAACCUCGUCUCGCUGAAUAUCUCGCACAAUAACUUCACGGGAUAUCUACCGGAUAACAAGCUCUUUCGACAAUUAUCCGAAGCCGAUUUAGCCGGGAAUCGAGGGUUAUGUUCUUUCGGCAAAGAUUCGUGUUUCUUGAGCAACAUGGCCGAAUCCGGAAACGGGAAAGAUGAGUACAAGUCGAGGAACGCUAAGCGGCUAAGACUCGCAAUUGCACUGCUCGUUACUUUAACAAUAGCUAUGAUCAUCAUGGGCGUGGCUGCAGUUCUACGGGCAAGAAGGAGCAUCACAGGAGACGAUGAGUCCGAGCUCGGCGAGUCAUGGCCGUGGCAGUUCACUCCGUUUCAGAAACUAAAUUUUUCGGUCGAUCGAAUCCUUAAAUGUUUGGUGGACACGAAUGUGAUUGGAAAAGGGUGUUCCGGGGUGGUGUAUCGUGCCGAUAUGGACAAUGGCGAAGUCAUUGCUGUAAAGAAGCUUUGGCCGUCUAUGACGGUUGACGGUGGUUACGUUGAUGAGAAAUGUGCGGUCCGAGACUCGUUUUCGGCCGAAGUGAAGACCUUGGGCUCAGUACGACACAAGAACAUCGUCCGGUUUCUGGGUUGUUGUUGGAACAAGAAAACAAGGCUACUUAUGUACGAUUACAUGCCGAACGGGAGUCUAGGUAGCCUCCUCCACGAGCGUGUCGGGAGUUCAUUGGAGUGGGAACUCAGGUUCCAAAUCGUGCUGGGAGCGGCCGAAGGGAUUGCGUAUUUGCACCAUGAUUGUGUUCCUCCGAUCGUUCAUCGUGAUAUCAAGGCUAAUAACAUCCUCAUCGGGCUGGAAUUCGAGCCCUACAUUGCCGAUUUCGGCCUUGCAAAGCUAGUCGAUGAUGGUGAUUUUGCUCGGUCCUCUAAUACCAUCGCGGGUUCCUACGGUUACAUCGCUCCUGAAUAUGGGUACAUGAUGAAGAUAACGGAAAAGAGCGAUGUUUACAGUUACGGGGUCGUCGUACUAGAAGUUCUAACGGGAAAACAACCAAUCGAUCCAACGAUCCCAGACGGUCUUCACGUCGUGGAUUGGGUAAAACAAAGAAAAGGCUGGACCGAAGUUCUCGACCCGACCCUACUAUCCCGACCAGAAUCCGAAAUCGAAGAAAUGAUGCAAGCAUUAGGCAUCGCGUUACUAUGCGUCAACUCCGCACCCGAAGAACGACCGACGAUGAAAGACGUUGCAGCAAUGUUGAAGGAAAUCAAACAUGAACGAGAAGAGUACGCAAAAGUCGACGCGCUCUUGAAGGGCUCCCCAGAAAAGCCCACCGCCGGAAACAGACCCGGAGGAGUUCCGGCGAUCUCGUCGUCAUCGGCCGCCACGGCCUCCGGCGGGAUGAGAAGCAACCCAAGUAGCUUCUCAGGUUCCUCCUUGCUUCACUCAUCUUCUUGUAGAGUGGCUUACAAGUGA